AUGAAACCACCAACACCUACGGGAGACAGUCCGAAGGUAGCCAAUUGGGAAGAUGAUAUCCUACCAAUGAUCAAAGCACCCUACUGGAUUACCGUUGACCCCGAGGGAGUUGGCCAAACAUGGAUUGGUGAAAUGCAGUACUGGGGUAAAUGGGAUCUUUCUAACUACGAUGAUGUUAAGAAGCGGGCAGUCGGUAUCUAUAAGCAUCUGCGAUCUCAGGCGAUGCCUGUAACCCGCAACCCGGACCACUACUGGCCUGAAGCCGCCCUCGAGGUAUUUCGCAACUGGGUAAAUCAUGGAUUUCCAAAAGAUUCAACAGCCGAACCCUCGCAGAGUCCCGUAAUUCCCGAUCCCGUUGACCCUCCCAUCGCCUAUAGAGUCAGGAGGGACAUCAUGAGUUUGAGCCCAGAAGAACUUGUUGCCUACCAGACCAAGCUAGACGAUGUGCUCAAGGUGAGGGAGUUAGGAUCCAAAUGGCAAGAGCUUGGAGUCCUCCACGCAUAUUGGUGUCUCCACUACCAAGAAGCAACAUUUAUGUGGCAUCGUGCUUACCUUCGCUAUGUCGAAGAACUCAUGGACUUCCCCGUCCCCUACUGGAAUGGAUUUGCCAAAGAGGCUGCAUGCCCAACGUCGAAGUUUGCCGGCAUUCCUCCAAUGUUUCUUGAAGAGACAUACCAGCAUCCUUCUGGUGGAACUCGACAAAAUCCACUGCGAUUUGCCAAAGCGUUGAAUGGGAAGUCGAAAGAUGGCAAGAGUAGUACCGUGACUCGAAACCCUAUCUUGGCGGAGGGUCCUGAUGCAAAGGGCUGGAAAGAGAAGAUUGAGCUUUUCAAGAUUUACCACGACCAGAUAGCCCACGCACUGGAGCAGAAGACUUAUACAACCUCUGAGUCAGCGCAGCACUUUGGAGUGCCGUGGGCUAACAUUACUGAUUUCACUGAUGAUCAGCCUGAUAAAGACUAUCCAUUUCGUUUCGACUUUGAUGGUCUGUUUGAGCAGGUUCACGAUAACUUCCACGGCUGGGUUGGACCUGAUAUGGCCGACAACACUUAUACUGCCUUCGAUCCCAUAUUCCUGUCUUACCAUGCAAACAUGGAUCGACUAGCUGGUAUCUUCAUGGAUGCGAAUCCGGAGAAUCAGUUCACAUCUAGGUUCCCACUACAGCCUUUCAUCAACAAUGGUACCGACAUUGAUUAUGAUGACCCUCGCCGUUGGCGGUAUACUACAAUUGGUGAUAUGGCUAAGGAUACCCGCGCCCUUGGUUACAUGUACGGCGAGCCGGCGAGCCCUGACUUCUCAACUCGCAAGACUGCCGAAGAAAAGGGUCUUCGUCGCGCUGUGCCAAGUGGAGGCAAGGCAAUAGUCUUGCCUGUCGGGUUGCCGGGCCAAGACAUGACCGCAGCUACCAACUCUCUCAAUAUCAGUGAAAAGAGAGAGCUCAUUCCUUAUGUCGUCUUUAAUGAAGUUGGCUGUACAACCUCCAGCUACCGCAUCGAUGUCUUUACUGCUGGUGCAGAAUCUACGGCUCCUGAUGUAGUCGGUAACCCCGAUUUUAUCGGACAGGUGACACGACUUGGAAUGGGACGCGGAAGAGAUGGUUCGGGGCCACCAAACACAAACCGAUGUCGCAAACCAACUGCAACAAGGGUUCUUUCGGCUGGAAAGUUCAAGGAUCGGCUUUCAAAAGGUGAUGCGCUAAAGAUCACUGUGACAGACUUAGAGACGGGAAAGGAUGUUGAAGAAGAAGAGUAUAUAAAAAUGUCAGGUUUCGUUCCAAAGUUGGCUUGGCUACCGGAUUACUAA